AUGAUGAUCAUCAAGUCAUUAAUAUAUGUCUUAUUCUUCUUCCUCGUUAAUUCUCUUCAUCAGGUUCUUGGUCAAUAUAGCCAACUAAACACAACUUCCUCAUGGCUAAAGAACCACACCACACUUCCACUGGAUAAACCACCAAAGCCGCCGAUUUGUAAAAUUAUUGCUUGCAAGCGGUCCGGACCACCAACGGCUAGAAAGAGAUGCUGUCGUAACCAAUGCGUUGAUCUCUUGUCUGAUCCAAACCAUUGCCGGUUCUGUUUCAAGAGAUGCCGGUUUGCUUUGUCUUGCUGCAAUGGAAAAUGCGUAGACACUAACAAUGAUCCUUCUAAUUGUGGACAAUGCGGUAACAAGUGUGAUCCUGGUGCGCCUUGUGAAUUUGGUAUGUGUGGUUAUGCUGCUCCGUCGCCUCAGCCUAGAAAACGUCCUCGUCAUCCUAAACGGCCACGUCCUCCUCCGUCACCGAAAAGUGACGAUUGGAUCAGACUAGUAUUAUCUUUGAUGGGUUCUCGUCAGGCAGAGCAAACAGAGAUAGGUGUUGUUGCGGUGGAGGUGUACGAGAGGAUCGACGGUGCGAAGCAGAUGAUGGACAUGAGUAACAACAACUAUGAUCUCUAA